AUGAAGCGUCUUGGCUUGCAAGCAAUUCUCUUGUCUCCUCCUAUGAUGGUUACUACCGCCAUGUAUGAUGUGGUUGAGACACCGUUGAUUUGUGAAAAUUGUUCGCUCUCGGUGGAUGGUAGAAUUUUCCAGAUUGAUCUUAUUUGUUUACCACUUAAGAAGGUUAAUGUAGUUUUGGGGAUGGAUUGGCUUUCCGCCAAUUCGGUGUUUAUUGGAUGUGAAGAGAAGUUGAUUAUCAUUCCAUCUAGUGAAGCUACUCCAAAGGAUGUAUUAACUACUAUCUUGGAAGGUACGGUUGGCAUGGUUAAUUUCUUAUUUGAGAAUGAAAAGUCAGUUCUCUUGGUUCUUACCAAGGAGUCUAGCGAUAACCUGAGUGCUACACAAAUUCCUGAUGUUUGUAAAUUUCCAGAAGUUUUCCCUGAUGAUGUCACCUCUCUUCCUCUUGAAAGGGAAGUGGAAUUCUCUAUUGACCUGAUACCUGGGACGACUCCAAUCUCCGUUUCUCUAUAUCGCAUGACGCCACUCGAGUUGAGAGAGUUGAAGAAUCAAUUGGAAGAGUUGUUAACCAACCAUUUCAUCCGACCUAGUGUCUCACCAUGGGGAGCUCCGGUGUUAUUAAUAUAG